AAUCCUUAUAAACAACCAGACUCAUAGAUAUUUCCUAAGAUACCUUAGGUAGUAACAUUAUUAUCUGAUCUUUGGGUUUACUGGAAGAUCCGGGUAAAUAAUCAAAAAGGAAAUUCAAGAUGCCUACAGAAUUCAUCAGCUUGACGUUUCCGAACCCGUCUACGGAGCUUAACCCGCUCCCAAACCCGUCCAUCGACCCAGACUUCUUGGCCCGGUAUGCCCGGAACCUAGAUGAUUACGAGUUCAACUAUACUCUUGUCCCGUACGACUCGUCGUACUAUGACCCUUUUACCACCGGCGCUACCAUCGCCGCCGUGACUAAGAACCUCAAAAUCAUCAUUGCGCUCCGCCCAAACACAUUGUACCCCACGGUAGCGGCCAAGGCGCUAGCUACCCUAGAUCAGCUCAGCCGGGGCCGGGCUGUGGUGCACUUCAUUGCCGGCGGCAGUGACGUCGACCAGGCGAGGGAGGGAGACUUCCUGAACAAGGAUGAGCGCUACGCUCGACUUGAAGAGUACAUCAAGAUCCUGAAGCGCGCAUGGCAAUCCGCGGAUCCCUUCGACUGGGACGGGAAGUACUACCAGUUCAAGGGGUUCAGCAACAAAGUGCGCCCCGUAAACGGGACCAGCAUCCCCAUCUCCGUCGGGGGUUCGUCGGACGAGGCGUACCGCAUCGGCGGAAGCCUGGCCGACAUCUUCGGGCUCUGGGGCGAGCCGCUCAAGGAGACCAAGGAGCAGAUCGACCGCAUCUACGCCGAGGCCGAGAAGGUGGGCCGCACGGACAAGCCGCGCAUCUGGGUUACGUUCCGGCCCAUCGUGGCCGAGACGGAAGAGCUGGCGUGGGCCAAGGCGCACCGCAUACUCGACGCGCUGAACGCCAACCAGGCCUCGGGCAACAGCGGCAAUUUCGCGCCUACCAAAGCCCAGCCGCAGAACGUCGGUUCGCAGCGGCUUCUCGAAAUCGCGAAGCGCGGUGAGGUGCAGGACCGCGCGCUGUGGUACCCGACUGUGACGGCGACGAACGCGCGGGGCGCGUCGACGGCGCUCGUAGGGUCCGUGCAGACGAUAGUUGACUCGCUCCUUGACUACGUUGACUUGGGUGCCGAUUUAAUCUCCAUCCGAGGUUACGAUAACCUGAAUGAUGCAAUCGACUACGGACGGUACAUACUACCUAAGGUACGGGAAGUACUGAAGGGAAGGGAGAACAGCGCCAACGGGGCUAAAUGAAGAUUGUAAAAUACUUGAAUAUAACGAUAACACAUAUAUCAUGAUUAUUGCUGUAAUCCAUCCCCGAAGCCGUGUGCUGCAAUUACAGUAAAAUCUUAAGAGGACCAAGCAAUAUGUGAGAAACAUGCGCUUAGGGGAUUCUGGGGACAAAGGUUGGCCUAGUCGCCCUUUACCUGAGCUCGAACGCGGUUCUUCAAAAUGUAAGCCGAGGUCAGGACCAGACAAUCAGCUGCUUCGACC